AUGGCAACAGCAAAUUCACGGCCCACGAUGCGAAAAGACCGUCAUUGCCCCCGAGUCGACACCCUCGAGCUGAAACACCACAUCCAGAUGAAACUCGGCCACCACAAAUCCGAAAAGUACUUUAAUCUCUUAAAUAAGUACUUAACCUUCGGUCUCAGCAAAUCGGAAUUCGACAGGUUCUGUAUCGAGCUAAUCGGAAAACAGAAUCUCCCCCUUCACAACAAACUCAUUCGCGCCAUUUUAAAAAACGCAUGUGCCGCCAAUUCUCCUCCUCCCGGUAAAGACUCAAAACCAGCAAAAAACGGAUAUCAAAAUAGCCUCCAUUUGCUGAGGGACGUUUUCCCUCAGUCACCUAGAAAAGGGCGCUCUCCUUCCCUUCGCCACCGGAUGAGCCCACUUGGGCCCAACGCGAAGGCCCAAAUUGCGGCCCGUGAGGAAGCCUGCCCAAGAAUCCAAGAACAGCAGAGUGCAACAGAGAUUUUCUCUUUGGGCAGCCGGCCUCCGGUUGAAGUCACAUCUGAAGAAGGUGAGGAAGUCGAGCAAAUGGCCUUGAGCCCCGGAAUACAUAGCCGAACCGAACUUAAGGCUCCGUUUGGGGUUCGUUUCAAUUCGAGAGAAACGAAGAAGUUUCUCUCGCGUGGAUUUCCUCAUGAGGAGGAUUUGGAGGCUUGUUAUAAUAAUACCGGGCUUUUAAGUACGGGUAGUUUGAGGAAGAGGUUGGAUAAGAAAUUGGGUGUGGAGGGCUUAACAGUCUCGGCUUAUUGCGUGAACUUGAUAAACAACGGGCUCGAUGUGUAUUUGAAGAGAUUAAUAAAACCCUGUCUUGAUUUGGCUGCGUCGAGGUCUGUAGAGAAGACGUAUGUGUCAUUUGCGGACUUUGAGGUUGCAAUGCAGUCGAAUCCUAGGAUACUCGGAGAGGAUUGGCCUGUGUUGCUCGAGAAAGUGGGCUUGCGUGUGUCGGAUAAUUGUAUGGGUUGA